AUGAGCGGAAGAGGAAAAGGAGGAAAAGGACUUGGGAAAGGAGGCGCCAAGCGUCACCGCAAAGUCCUCCGUGAUAACAUCCAGGGCAUCACCAAGCCCGCUAUCCGCCGUCUGGCUCGACGCGGCGGUGUGAAGCGUAUCUCCGGUCUGAUCUACGAGGAGACCCGCGGAGUGCUCAAGGUUUUCCUGGAGAACGUGAUCCGUGACGCUGUCACCUACACCGAGCACGCCAAGAGGAAGACCGUGACCGCCAUGGACGUGGUGUACGCGCUGAAGAGACAAGGCCGCACUCUAAAGAGAGAUGGAGAGAAACUCCAGCGGGGGAGGUCUGACCAAUCAAGUGAGAGGAACAGCGCAGCUGCUCUGCAUGAUGCGAGUAUAAAGAAAGCGCACGGACCGCCUCUUGACCAGUCUGUACUCAUUGAAGAAAUGCCUGAUCCAGCGAAGUCCGCGCCCAAGAAGGGCUCCAAGAAAGCCGUCACCAAGACCGCCGGCAAAGGCGGCAAGAAGAGGAGAAAGAGCAGGAAGGAGAGCUACGCCAUCUACGUCUACAAGGUGCUAAAGCAGGUUCACCCCGACACCGGCAUUUCCUCCAAGGCCAUGAGCAUCAUGAACUCCUUCGUCAACGACAUCUUCGAGCGCAUCGGAGGAGAGGCCUCCCGCCUGGCGCACUACAACAAGCGCUCCACCAUCACCUCCAGGGAGAUCCAGACUGCAGUGCGUCUGUUGCUGCCUGGAGAGCUGGCCAAGCACGCCGUGUCUGAGGGCACCAAGGCCGUGACAAAGUACACCAGCUCCAAGUAA